AUGGCCGGUGGAAAAGGAAAAUCGUCGGGCGGAAAGUCUUCUGGGGGAAAGAGUGGUCAUGAUGCCUCAAAGAAGCAGCAGAGUCACUCCAGCAAGGCGGGACUUCAGUUCCCUUGCGGUCGUGUCAAGCGUUUCCUCAAGAACAAUACUCAGAACAAGAUGCGCGUGGGGGCCAAGGCCGCCGUCUACGUUACCGCUGUCCUCGAAUACCUGACUGCCGAAGUUCUUGAGCUCGCAGGAAACGCUGCCAAGGAUCUCAAGGUCAAGCGCAUAACUCCUCGCCAUCUCCAACUCGCCAUCCGCGGUGACGAAGAACUCGACAGCCUCAUCCGUGCUACCAUUGCCUUCGGAGGUGUCCUGCCACACAUCAACCGUGCUCUGCUCCUGAAGGUCGAACAAAAGAAGAAGAAGAAUGAGGAAGCGGCAUGA